UCUUGGAAAACCCUUCUCUGUUUCACCUAUAUAUACAUUCCUCCAUCAUUCACAUCUCAAACCCAGAUCAACUUUCAGAAUUAUAAAAAAUUCUUUCUUUGAGUUCUUCCUUCUCUAAUUGAUUACAAUGGCAGCUGCUUCACAAAACUUUCAAGAUUUCUUGCCCUUCAUGGCCCACAAGCUUGGUGGGGAUGGUUUGAUCGGAGAGUUGUGUAAUGGGUUCAAUCUUUUGAAGGAUGCUGAUAAAGGGGUCAUCACAUUUGAGAGUCUUAAAAGGAACUCAGCUUUGAUGGGCUUACAAGAGUUGAGUGACGAUGAUCUCAGGUCUAUGUUAAAAGAAGGUGACUUUGAUGGAGAUGGAGUUCUUAAUCAGAUGGAGUUUUGUGUUUUGAUGUUCAGAUUGAGCCCUGAGUUGAUGGAAGCCUCAAGAUUUUUGGUUGAAGAGGCUGUUGAACAAGAGUUGAAGGCUUGUCAUUGACUCCUUUUGUAUUUGUUUUUUUUUUUUUUUUUUUUUGGGAAUAAUUCGUUUAAUGAAUUGAUGAAUAUACAUGAGGAAAAUGAGAAAUUCAUAAACAUUUUUCAUUUCCA